UCGGCAAAGGAUUGAAGAGCAUAUCUCAAACCCAGCCACUCUCCAGUCAUCGGGGACGUAUAUCACUUAAAAAAAUAGACCAGCUAUUUUCCAGCUGCACAUUGUAAAACGUUCUGUUCGAUUCAGUUGCUUCUGUGCCGGAAAUUGUUCUCUAGACUAUUAGUUACACAGUUAGCACUCGGAGGAUUAAGUUUUUUGUCAUUUUAAUUUAAGGUGGAUCAAUUGUCUUAAAUACAAGAUUGGUAGGAAGCGAUCUUAAAAAACAUCGGAUGAUGGUGUUCUUGGGUGCAUAAAGUCGCUUUUUGAGCUUGCGAUAAACAUCCUAUAUUGAGGUGUGUGGAGGCGUUAUGCACUGGGGAGGACCCCGCGAAGGGCGUUAGGUUACUCAGAACACACGUACGUCUCCGGAGGAGGAGGAGGAGGUGAGGGCUCCUGGCGCCGGCAUGGCUCUGACCGACAAACACAAAGUGAAGAGGCAGCGGCUGGACCGGAUCUGCGAAGGUAUCCGGCCCCAGAUCAUGAACGGACCGAUGCACCCGCGCCCCCUGGUGGCGUUGCUGGACGGGCGCGACUGCACGGUGGAGAUGCCCAUCCUCAAAGACCUGGCCACCGUGGCCUUCUGUGACGCCCAGUCCACCCAGGAGAUCCACGAGAAGGUGCUGAACGAGGCGGUGGGAGCCAUGAUGUACCACACGAUCACUCUGACCCGCGAGGACCUGGAGAAGUUCAAGGCCUUGAGGAUCAUCAUCCGCAUUGGCAGCGGCUAUGACAACAUCGACAUCAAGGCCGCCGGCGAGCUUGGGAUCGCCGUGUGCAACAUCCCCUCGGCGGCGGUGGAGGAGACGGCGGACUCCACCCUGUGCCACAUCCUGAACCUGUACCGGAGGAACACCUGGCUGUACCAGGCCCUGCGGGAGGGCACGCGCGUGCAGAGCGUGGAGCAGAUCCGCGAGGUGGCGUCUGGGGCCGCCCGCAUCCGCGGAGAGACGCUGGGGCUCAUCGGCUUCGGUCGGUCGGGGCAGGCGGUGGCCGUGCGGGCCAAGGUGUUCGGCUUCAACGUGAUCUUCUACGACCCGUACCUGCAGGACGGGCUGGAGCGCUCGCUGGGCGUGCAGCGCGUCUACACGCUCCAGGACCUGCUCUACCAGAGCGACUGCGUGUCCCUGCACUGCAACCUGAACGAGCACAACCACCACCUCAUCAACGACUUCACCAUCAAACAGAUGCGGCAGGGGGCUUUCCUGGUGAACGCGGCACGAGGGGGCCUGGUGGAUGAGAAGGCCCUGGCCCAGGCUCUGAAGGAGGGCAGGAUACGCGGGGCAGCCCUGGACGUCCACGAGUCAGAGCCCUUCAGCUUUGCCCAGGGCCCGCUGAAGGAUGCGCCCAAUCUGAUCUGCACCCCACACACAGCCUGGUACAGUGAGCAGGCCUCCCUGGAGAUGAGGGAGGCGGCAGCCACGGAGAUCCGUCGUGCCAUCACCGGUCGUAUCCCUGACAGCCUCAGAAACUGCGUCAACAAGGAGUUCUUCGUCACCUCGGCCCCCUGGGGAGUGGUGGAGCAGCAGGCUGUUCAUCCUGAGCUCAACGGCGCCGCCUACAGGUACCCGCCAGGCGUGGUGGGCGUGGCUCCAGGUGGGAUCCCCGGAACGUUGGAGGGCAUGGUGCCAGGGGGAGUGCCGGUGGCCCACACCUUGCCCUCCGGUACACACCCCUCGCAGGCUCCCUCGCCCAACCAGCCCUCCAAACACGGAGACACCAGAGAGCACCUAACCGAGCAAUAGCAGUAGACCCAGGAGCGCUCACACACCAACACUCAACCCGGGACCAAGAGACAGUGAACACACCCACUGCCCUGCACUGGGAGCCGGCACGCGUUUCCACGGAUUUGUACUUCUCAUUUUGUUUAGAUGUUUUUUUGUUUAUAUAUAUUUUUUUGGUUUAGUACAUUUUUUGGGUUAUUUUUAUUUUUUUUGGAAAUGCCAGUUUUUAUUGGACGUUCCAGUGUUAAUACAGUGCAGGUGGGGCGGGGCUAGCGUGCCAGCUGGGAGGAGCCUCGGCCUCGCCCAACCACUCCUCGUCUCGUGGGAAAGCCUGCUUCCUGACGUGCAGAUCAGAGCUCAGAGAAACCACGACAUCACGUGUUACUGGACCCCGACGCCCAUCCCACCCCCACCCCACCAUCCCACCCUGCCUCGUGACCCCUUCCCCCAGAUUCCCUCCCCCUCUAAACCCCCCUCCCCUCCCCCCAUGUCAGUUAAUGUGCGUCUGAAGGUUAUUCUCGGUUCAUUCCGUUUAUUCAAGCCCCGAAAAAGCGAAUACGCUUUUCUUUUAUUCUUUAAUGUGAGAAAUAAGAAGAAAAUAAAAAAAAGAUUAUAAAAAUAUAUAUAUUUAUCAGACAACAGCAAAAGGAAAGAAAAAAGAUUGCCCACAGCAGCAGCAAUCUAUGUAGUGAACUUUAACCCUUUCCUGGCCAAAGGCCUUCCAUGAUAGGUAGUUCUCAGAAUGGGCUUUGACCACCCAGAAGAGCGCUUCCACACAGCAAGCCCAGCCUGCCUCUGGCCACGGAGUAUUUAAAACUAUUAUCUAUUUACCUAGACUGUAGCACAAUAGUCUUAAUGGAGGUAUUCAAGGUCACGCAGCACUCUCAGAUUGCAUUUGUAUGGUUUGGCUAAUAUGCAGAAGUGCUUCAUGAAACGGCCCCAUGAAGUGUAGCAAUUACUUAUUUAUUUGCUUUAGCCUUAGCAUAAGCCCUUAGCGUAGAGUAACUUGCAUAGCUUGCAUUUUUAUAUAUUUGCCAUUCAUGCAGAAGGAUGUUUACUUUUGCAGUUCGGGUCCAUUACUUUGCUCAAAGGUAUAGCAGGAGUACUCUGAGAAAGAUUCAAGACUCUGCCGUUCUGGUUACCAAUCCACUGCUCUACCCCAGUAAAAAAAACAACUGCAGAAACAAAGCUGUCCUGUGGGUUCAUUUUAACCAAAUGUAUCUGAUUCAUACAUUUUACAUACAGAAUAUGUUCACGUGGAACUCAUAGCUAUUUAUAUACAGUAGAUAUUGGGAUCAAAAUUAUUGGAAGUACUCAGUAGCACACGCUCAUUUCAUUUCUGGCAGUGAAGUUUUACGUGGGAAUUGUUUGAACAGUCUUCAGUUGAGAUGAGAGGAAGUUUGUGUGUGAGGCAGCAAACUAUCCAGCAAAUUCAGCCUUCAACUAACAUCUGAUUGGUUAUGGGAUUGACGUCCUAUUUCUGAGCAAAGCAAGAAGAUAUUGUAUGUGAAUUUUUCCCCACUUGCGACUGAUCGCACAUUCUCUUCGACCUCAUCUCCAGAAGGUUUUGAUAGACUGUUUACUUUUUUAUAUAUAAAUCCAUGCCUCUUCACCAGAAGUAAGAUUACAUUCCCUUGAUCAGGAAAGGGUUAAAGUAAACAUUAGUUGUGGAUUAAAGUUAAACCACACAUUUCUUACUGACUCAGGAAAACACCUUUUUGCAGAUAUUUUUCCCCAAAAUAUUGUCUGAGAAAGAAAAAAAAAGCUGUCUGGAUAUUUCUCUCUUCCUACUCCCUCUCUCUUCUCCAUUGUGAUAUUUUUAUAUAACAGACACAUCCCGUGUGUUUGGUGUUUAAAAGUUUUGCAGAGUCCUGUUAGAUUUGUAUUGCCUAGUUAAAUGUUCUUAUAACCAUAGUCCUUUUGUGAACCACCUCUCUCUCUUUUUUUGUUCUAAUGAAGGCCAGUUGGAGCUCUUGAGGGCGUUGUACUCUGAGAGAGCAAUAGCAAACUCUUACUAGUGUCCCAACAAUAGCAGACGAUGGCUGCCAGAGAAAUGUUUUGUUUUUAGUGUGAGUAUUUGUAUUGUUUCUUGUACAAGGUGAACAUUUAGCAUUCAGUGCAGUUCAAAUAAAAAGAAAAACAACUCCGAA